AUGAGUCGAGCGAUUGCGUGGUUGAUCGCUUGCGGACUUGGUUCAUCGAAUUUGGCGGGGUACAAGGAGCUGGUGGCGAAAUGGGAGGAGAGUGAAAACUAUCCUCAUGUGACGAGCUUGGUGGUGAAGAAUUCAUGUCAUUAUGAGGAGAAGAACUCCUUAUUUAUAGAGUUUUGUGGACUUAGAGGAGAAGCCAAUGAUCUAGAAGACAUCCACAUUAACUCUUGA